AUGCCGACCCCAUCCCCCCUUCCCACCCCCACUCCUCCUUCCUUCACUUCCCCUUCCUUCCCUACCUUUUGCCCCCCUACCUUCCAACCAUCCAAGAAAACCCCAACCCACAGCCCAAGAACACGACAAGAAGCUGGGGUACUUCCGCACCAAAAUCUGCAUACGGACAGAUUAGUUUGGGUUAACUCUCCCAGCGAGUCCUUGGCGGCCAUGGAGAGGGAAGGGGGGCCCAAGUUCGAGCGGAAGGCCGGAAGAGGGGGCGAUGGUAGAACCGCUGGUGGUAAUGGCGGCGGCGGCGGGGGCGGCGGCGGCAGUGGCGGGAAUGGGAGGUGGAAGUGGAGCGGAGUUUACGGUAGCGGCGGCGGCGGCGGCGGCCACCGACAGUACCCGAUCAUCCAGGCCUACCCGGCGCUCCUCCCCCUGCCUAUAAACUCCGGCCGCGCGCAUAAUAACGGAGCGGUCGCGCUGCCCCUGCCGCCGCCUGUGCUGCUGUACCUGCAGCAGCCGCCGCCGCUGCACCUGCUCCCCGCCGCCGCCACGUGCUACGGGAAACCCAUGGCCGGCGCGGCGCAGAGGGGGCCAAUGUGGACGCACCGGCCAUCCAAGAAGCCGCCGCCGCCCCCGCACGCCGUCACCGCCGCGCUUCUGCCGCUCCCGCAGGAUGCCAAGACGCUUCCGCACAAAAAGUUCUCCAUACAUGAGAAGAAGGCAUCUGAUGUCGGAAUGGAUCAUGCAAACGGCCAUCAUAGGCCCUCAAGCAAUCACCAAAGAAGUCCCAUUGCGCGGAGACCAGACAGUGGGGGGAUCGAGGGGGCUGUGAUUCCUCUUUCUGCAAAUUAUUUCCUUGUGCGGUUCAGUCCGGAUCAAAAGAUUUUCCAGUAUGAUAUUGACAUUACCCCACAUCCAUCGAAGGAAACAGCAAGAAUGAUCAAGAACAAGCUUGUUCAAGAAAAUUCAAGUGUUCUAUCCGGUGCGCUGCCGGCCUUUGAUGGCCGCAGGGACCUUUAUAGUGCUAUUGAGUUUCAGGAGAACAAGGCUGAGUUCUUCGUCAAUCUCCCAGUUGCAUUAGCACGAUGUCCAGUAGAUAAAAAGAAUGGACACAUGCUUGACAAACAGAAUUUUAAAGUUUUCAAGGUGAACAUUCGAUUGGUUUCAAAGCUAAGUGGUGAGGACUUGAAUAAGUAUUUGACCGAAGAUAAGGAUGGCAUUUCACUGCCUCAAGAUUACCUCCAUGCGCUGGAAGUCAUCUUGCGAGAAGGUGCCAUGGAAAGUUCAGUUCUAGUAGGCCGGUCUUUGUAUCCACGCUCUAUGGGAGAAGCAAGGGAGAUUGGUGGUGGGGCUGUUGGAUUAAGAGGUUUCUUUCAGAGCCUGAGACCAACCAAGCAAGGUCUUGCCCUUAAUGUUGACCUCUCACUCACAGCAUUCCACGAGAGCACGGGCAUGAUUCUUUACUUGCAGAAGCGCUUUGACUUCUUGAAGGACCUUUCACAUCAAAAAGCUAGGGCUUUGUCAGAAGAGGAGCGGAGAGAGGUGGAGAAAGCUUUGAAGAACAUUCAGGUUCGUGUAUGCCAUCGUGAGACCGACCAAAGGUACCAUGUGCAUAGCUUGACCAAGGAGACAACCGAAAACCUCAAGUUUCGAGAUCGAAGUGCCAAAGAUCUUAUGGUGGUGGAUUACUUCAAGGAGCAAUACAACCAUGAUAUACAGUUCAGGAACAUGCCAUGCUUGCAGAUUGGUCGGAGCAAACCAUGUUAUGUGCCAAUGGAGCUUUGUGUAGUUUGUGAGGGUCAGAAGUUUCUUGGCAAGCUCUCAGAUGAACAAACCUCCAAGGUUCUCAGAAUGGGGUGCCAAAGACCAAGCGAAAGAAAGGGAAUCAUAAAGGGCAUUGUCGAAGAAGAAUUUGGUGCUGGAAGUAAUUCUUACACCGACCAAUUCAAUCUCCAAGUGUCAAAGGACAUGACACAACUCUCUGGGAGGGUUCUCUUGCCACCAAGACUCAAGUUUGGUAGUGGAGGGCGCAUUACGGAUAUGACGCCACACCGAUUUGAUCGUCAAUGGAGUUUGCUGGACAGCCAUGUUACUGAUGGCUCCAAGAUUAAAAACUGGGCCUUGAUAAGCUUUGGUGGUACCCCGGAGCAGCACUCCUACAUUCCAAAGUUUGUCAACCAGCUAUCAAGUCGGUGUGAGCAGCUUGGGAUUCUUCUAAACAAGAAACCCGUCAUCAGCCCAUUGUUUGAGCGGAUCCAACUUCUCAAUAAUCCUGGCAUUUUGGAGAGUAAACUCGGGAAAAUUCAAGAAGCUGCAUCAGGCAACCUGCAACUACUAAUCUGUGUCAUGGAACGGAGGCACCGUGGGUAUGCUGACCUGAAACGGAUUGCUGAAACGUCCAUUGGUGUUGUGACACAGUGUUGCCUUUAUCCCAACUUAAGCAAGCUGACCGUGCAGUUUGUGGCCAAUUUAGCCCUAAAGAUGAAUGCUAAGCUUGGGGGAUGCAAUGUUUCCCUCUACAACAGCCUGCCAUGCCAGAUUCCCAGAAUAUUUUCAGAUGAGGAGCCAGUGAUGUUCAUGGGUGCUGAUGUCACACACCCUCACCCACUCGACGACUCAAGCCCGUCGGUGGUCGCCGUAGUUGCAAGCAUGAAUUGGCCUGCGGCAAACAAGUACAUCUCCAGGAUGAGGUCGCAGACGCACCGGAAAGAAAUAAUCGAACACCUGGAUGUGAUGACUGGUGAACUGCUUGAGGAGUUCCUGAAAGAAGUUGGCAAGCUCCCUGGUAGAAUCAUAUUCUUCCGGGAUGGUGUGAGCGAGACGCAGUUUGACAAGGUCCUCAAGGAGGAGAUGCAUGCCCUGCGAGUGGCCUGUUUGAGGUACCCAGGCUACAAGCCCCUGACCACGUUCGUCGUGGUUCAGAAGAGGCACCACACCAGGCUCUUCCACAGGGAGAAGAACGGUGGCUCCACACACUAUUCCGAUCAGAACAUACCGCCGGGGACGGUGGUCGACACGGUGAUCACGCACCCGAGGGAAUUCGACUUCUACCUGUGCAGCCACUGGGGCACCAAGGGGACAAGCCGUCCAACUCAUUACCACGUCCUGUUGGACGAGAACAGGUUCCAGUCCGACGAGGUGCAGCAGCUGAUACACAAUCUCUGCUACACCUUCGUGCGGUGCACCAGGCCGGUGUCCCUUGUGCCCCCGGCGUACUAUGCGCACCUCGCCGCGUACAGGGGCAGGCUGUACCUUGAGAGGUCAGAUUCGGUGGCCACCAGCUGCACGACGCUGUACAGAUCCACUCCAUUGCAGACGACGCCCCUGCCUAAGGUCAGUGACAGUGUGAAAAGGCUCAUGUUCUACUGCUGA